AAAAAUAAUUUUGUCAGUUAAAAAACACCUUUUCAUCACAAAUUUAGCAAUAAAAUUGCUCGUAGUUCCGAAUCCUUUCAAUAUCAAGGAUGAAAUUUUGUAGGCAAGUAUCUACUCAAAAGUUUUUUACUCAUUUAUGCCUCUAUUACCUUGAAAAAUGUUUGUUGUGCAAUUUUUGUUGCUUAACAUCAGUAGAAAAAUCAUACUGAAUCUGAAAAUACAAUUAUUUUCCUGAUUUAUGACCCUUCGUUAUUCUGUUGACAGUUUUGACAAAGAAUGCCCCAUAUAGGAAACAGGAGCAUUGUUGCUGUUAGGUGUGGUUUCCCAGUACAUAAGUCUGUUUAUGAGUUUACAAUAUCAAGGAAGAAACAGUAUAGCAAUGUAUUUAUAAAUUUCGUCAUAGUUUAGUUGAAUCAUUGCUCUUUUGACUAGCAUAUCUUGCAGUUUCUUUCAUAUAAAUUUCUACCAUAUCAUCAUUUAUUACUUCCCAAACAAGAUCAACAAGACUACCAUUAGACAUGUGGAGAUGUUCAAUUACAUCUAAUAUUCUAUUACUGGAAGUAACUGAAUUUAUAUGAAAAGUUUCAUUCUUUCUUUGUUCACUAUCUGUUUUUCCUAAUUCGAGAUUGUUUCAAAAGGGCAAUGAUUUUGUCCAUAAUUAGAACCAGAUUUCCCAGCACGAGAAGAAAUUAUGUCUGUAAUGAACUCCUUACCACCGAUUGUUAUUAUUAACGUAGCUUGAACUAACACUAUAUUUCAUAAAUGACCUACUGGGGCCGAGCAUCCUUCUGAAUUACUACCGGUGUAAGCUUUAUUGCUGCCUUACCAAUCUUGGGAGAUAGAAGUGCAAAUUCAAGUUUCUGCCAUCUAUCAAUGAGUACUCUUAAACUUUUACCAUCUUCGAUGGAGUUGAGAAUGUUAAGAUCUUCCUCUCUCUUUACUCAAAUCUAAUCUGAAGUGGAUAAAACAAAUUGCAAACAAUUAUCCCUUUAAUUCCCAAUUGUAUGGGAAUUUUUGAAUACAAGUUUCCAUUUCAAUGUGUUGUCAGCUAUAUAUCUUCUUAACUAAGUAUUAAGCUCAUUUCAAUUGGCAAACUUUUUUAGGAGAGAAGUUAAUAUCGUUUCCAUUAGCAUUUUCUUUUUCAUCCUGGAAAUAACAAUGCCAGCUUUCUUUAUAAUAGAUCACAUUUGAAAAAAAAUAAGCUAAUUAAACAUUUUCUUUUAAUUCUUUUGAACAGAAAAUUUCCGUUAAAUCUUACACACAAAAAAGCUCAAAAUCCAAACUUGUAAUUCACAAAAUUGUACCAUUUACAAGCUGUAACCUUUUUACCUCUAAAUGAGAAUAAGACAACUGAAAAGUAUACAAAAAGUGAGUAAGCUUUAGUGAAACCUCAAUUUGCUUCUUUUCCAGAGAUUUUUCAAAUAUUAUUAUUUUGCUAUCAUUUAUAUCAGCCGUGGAUUUCGUUUUGUAUCACUUAUGCAGUAUUUCUUUCUGUGGGGCUGGAAUUCUCCACUAGAUAAUGCAGACACACAUUUCAACAAAUACUAUGAAGAUUAAGUCAUAAUGUCACAUGCCCAAUAGUUAUGUACUCUCUAGAUAGUACAGUGAAAUACCUUUCACAAAGUUUGUCACUAUUUAACAAUUUUUGUGACAUUUCUAAAAAAAUCCAUUUAUUACUGACAUACAAAACAUAAUAUUUAAGUACUAUAUAACGAAUAAAAUGUCAUAUAAUUGAACUACAUAACGAACCAAGUAGCCUACAAUAUAAAAGAAUUACACUAUUUCGGGUAGAGACGACACAUGGACACAAUCUCACGGUUAUAAACAGUAAUAAAGUCUUCAGCAAGAUGAUGGAUAAAUUGGAUGACAAAUACAUUCGGUACCAUACUCAUAUACUCUUUGUUCGAUACUAGCGUGUUCUGUUCUUUCAUAUCAUGGAAGAACAAUAAUUCAGUCUACUGAGGAGCAUACAUGUUGGCUACUCUGUUUAUAUGAAUUAUCUUUGGUGGAGAAAAAUCAAGGAGUGUCAUAAACCUCGUGCUUUCUUCUGGUCCGCACUGUUUUGCGGGUGAUCGUGCCGGGUUUGCCGGGUGCAGUGCUGGUGGUUGAGCCGAAUUCAGGAGUACUUUUGUGGACAGGAUGUGGUUAUUUGGAGGAAGAAGUCAACAACCUCCACCUCCGGUGGAUCCACUUGCACCUCCUGCUAGUGCAGGUGGAACUGGGGGAGGUGAUGAUGAUAAAUCACAAAAUGAGCGUAAAAGAAUGGAAGCGUAUAGGUUUGAUUCUACUGCUCUGGAGAGAGCUGCACAAGCUGCAAAAGAUCUGGAGAAAUCAAGACAUGCCAAAGAAGCUCUUGAAUUGUCCAAGCUCCAAGAAGUGACAAGACAACAAGAGUAUCAAACAAAGGUUAAAGAAUAUGAAGCGCAUAUUGAGCAGAGUAAAGUUGAACAAAGACGUGUAGAUGCCGAGGAAAAGCGUAAGACUCUGGCUGAAGAGACAAAACAACAUCAGAUGCGAGCACAAUAUCAAGAUCAAUUAGCUCGUAAGAGAUAUGAGGAUCAACUUCAGCAGCAGCAGAGAAUGAAUGAUGAAAAUUUAAGAAGACAAGAGGAAUCAGUUCAGCGUCAAGAGGCAAUGCGCAAAGCAACUGUUGAACAUGAAAUGGAACUUAGAGAUAAACAUGAAAUGAAACGUUUAGAAGCCGAGAUGCGUGCCAAGGCUAAAAUAGACAGGGAAAAUCAAGAUCUUACUCUUGAACAAAUUAGAUUAAAAGCUGCUGAAAAGCGAACAACUGUACUAGAAUCUAUAAAGACAGCUGGUUCAGUAAUUGGAUCAGGAGCCCAAGCUCUGCUCAGUGAUUGGGAUAAGAUUUUAGCAGCUGCUGGUGGUUUGUCUUUGGUAGCAUUAGGUGUUUAUUCGGCAAAAGGGGUCACAAGUGUUGGGGCUCGAUAUAUUGAAUCUCGCUUAGGAAAACCGUCAUUAGUGAGAGAAACCUCCCGCUUCUCUCUGUUAGAAACUCUGAAACAUCCAGUUGAAUCUGUUAAAAAAUUAAGGUUUGGAAACCAAGAUGCUCUAUCAGGGGUGGUAUUGGAGCCUCGUUUGGAAGAGCGUUUAAGGGAUGUUGCAAUUGCUACCAAAAAUACAAAACAUAAUAGAGGAAUGUACAGAAAUAUUUUAAUGCAUGGACCACCUGGGACAGGCAAGACCAUGUUUGCUAAGAAACUUGCAACACAUUCUGGAAUGGACUUUGCCAUCAUGACUGGUGGUGAUGUUGCUCCCAUGGGAAGAGAUGGAGUUACAGCUAUUCACAAGGUAUUUGACUGGGCAGGUACAUCUGGUCGUGGUCUUUUAUUGUUUGUUGAUGAAGCAGAUGCAUUUCUUCGAAAACGUAGUUCUGAAACAAUUAGUGAGGACUUGCGUGCCGCUUUGAAUGCAUUUUUAUAUAGAACUGGAGAACAAUCUAAUAAAUUUAUGUUGGUCUUGGCAUCAAAUACUCCUGAACAGUUUGAUUGGGCUGUUAAUGAUCGAUUAGAUGAAAUGGUGGAAUUUUCGUUACCUGGAAAAGAGGAAAGGGAACGACUUGUUCGCUUGUAUUUUGACAAGUUUGUUCUUCAGCCAGCAAUGGAAGGGAAAAGACGCUUGAAGGUUGCUCAGUUUGAUUACAGUAAGUUGUGUUCAGAUAUUGCAUCUAUGACUGAAGGAAUGUCUGGUCGAGAGAUUGCUAAGUUGGGAGUGGCUUGGCAGGCAGCUGCAUAUGCUUCAGAAGAUGGAGUUUUGACUGAAAAAAUGAUCAGAGACAGGGUAGAAGAUGCAGUGGAACAGCACAAACAGAAGGUUCUCUGGCAAAGUGAGCAGGAACGAAGAGAAUCAAAAGCAUCACCAUAUGCAUCAAAAUAUGUUGAUUACAUUCCUCCAGCUGCUGUGUCCAGUGUAUCUGCAUCAAAAACAGGCAGUGUUUCUGAUCCUCUUGCCCCUACUACUUUUCCUUCUACAUCUUAUCCUUUGCCCAGUUCUAGUCAGGAUGAAAAGCAAGAAACGAAACCUGUUAAAGAUAAAGAUAGUUAAGGUUUAACAUCAUGUUUAGUAGAUAUUAUACUAUUGACUGGUUUCUGUCCAGUCUAUGGUCCUAGCUCUUUGUACAUAGCAAAUGUUCAUAGUGUAUUAUGGGCUACAAUAUUUUUCAAUAAUAAUUUGGAAGUAUCAUGGUUUAAAAUUCUUUCAUUAAACAUUUGCAGAAAAAACUGUACAAAUAUUCUUGCACCUUGAAAUCGGGAGAUGUUAUAUUGUUAGUACCCAUUUCCAGGUGCACUAUUUGUGUUUGUUAUUCUAUUCUUGAAACUAUUUAAUGUAGGAAGGCCAUUACAUAAUUGAGAUAUAAAUUACAAAAUGAAACUAAGCACAGUUCAGGAGACAGAGGAGUUUCAAACACAAAGUAACAAAAUUAAUUUUGAUGUAUAGUGAAUUUAUUUCAAAAGACAUUCCUUGGGUUUAUUGGUAAAUAAUUGUGCUUCAUUUUUGAUAAAUCAUUGAUCAGUGUUAUUAAAUGACUUUCCAUGAAGUUUACUUCCUCCAAGUUUCUCGAGUCGUUUGAGUUGUAUAUUCUUUGCUAUUACGUCUGAAGCAGUAUGUGCUUGUUUAUAUAACUGGUGAAUGAAUGUGCUUCAGUAAGUGACUUUAACAAUUUUAUAUAUGUUGUUUUAAAAUUCAUUGUUGUGCAGUUGUAAUAGUCACUUAUCUGAUGAAUGUCAAACUGACCCUCAGCCAGUCAGCUUCUGUAACUGAUUAGAUGUAUACUUUUGUAUGAAUAUAUAAUAGAAAUUAAUUUUGUAAAGAACCAUGGUAAUCACUCUGGUACUUUUUUAUCAUUAGCAUGCUGCCAAUAGCAAGCAGUGGGAAUUCACUUUAUUAGUGAAUCAGAACUUUCGACUUCCCUCAAAUAUUUUCCAAACCAAUUAUUGUGCCGUACUUUUGUCGCUGCCUUGCCUUUUUUGUCUGUUUACUAUUUAUAUAGAAUAAAUUCAUGUAUUUAUAAUACUGAACUGAAUAAUUUUUGCAUUUAUAAUAAUGGAACUUUCAAAUGAAUUAAAAGAAGAAAAAUUAGUAGUUUUCAAAUUGUUGUCAAAAAAGACAGGAAAUAAUUACAUGACGUGGAGUGAGUAAUUCUUUCCAUCUACCGUUCUAUAUUAGUAAUGAUUGUAAAUUAAUGAGAGUGAUGAUUCUUUAUUUUAAUGAUUAUUACCUGAAAUACAUUCAUCUGACAUUUGAUUUUCCCAAAAUUCUUUAACAAGGUAGUUGUGUAUUGAUUAAGUACUAUGGUAGACGUAUUAAGUUUUUUAAAAACUGAAACAAACAUUGAAAUUUUUCAAGUUAGUAUUUUACUGUAAUCAUUUUUUCUUCAUUGAGCUUAGAAAAUUCAAAAUUGAAAAAAUUAAUUUAUUCUUGCAUGCAGUUGAAUUUUCUUGUUGUAAAGUUUUUAAAUUUGUGAAUUUUGAGAGGUAGAUUAAUGUUCGUGAGGGCAUUGAUUUAUUGUGCCAUGCAUUGAUAGUAAUUACACAUCACAUACUUCUUACUUAGUUACUUCUCUCCCUCCAAUAUUUUUGUUAAUAUAUUUACAUAAUAAAUUUCAGGAUCAAUUAUAAGUAAAAGCAAUAAAGCAAAACCACUUACCCCAAAAAACACAAGCCUUCUUUUUUGUUCAAUUUUAGUAACUAUUUUAUGUUGUUUGUUGUUGUUUUUUUUUCUAGUAACAUAAGUAUUUUGAAAAAACAGAACAUUUAUAUUACAUUAUUAUAAAUAUAUACGACAUUGCAUAUUGUAUAUAUACUACUAAUCCUAUUCAGUGAUUUACCUCAUUUCGUGAUAAGAUGUGUAUGACAGUGGAUUCUUUUUGAAAAUCAAUGACUUUGUGAUAUGAGACAUGUUAUCUUAACAUUUGAUUGAAAUUGGACAUACUUUAUUUUUACGAGGCAGGAAAGUUUUCCUACCUUACCUGUACUCGUUUAAUCAAUUUUUUUCAACCCCUGCAUAUUACUACAGCUGUUUUUGAGGUUAAUUACCUCAUGAGAAUUUAUCUCAGGGAUAUUUUUCAAUGUCUCUUGGUAUGUGUUCUUCUUGUUAUGCAGCUCAAAUGUGAAGUGAAUGAUAAAGCAUGAUACAGUAAAAAUAAAAUAGAAUAUUGUGUAGUGAAAAUAGCAAUUGUGUUCUCAUUUUAUUUGACCUGCCCAUUGUAGUUUUGUUUCAAUUAUUUUUAUUUAUAUGUGAAAGUUAAAGUUUUCAUAUAGAAGCACAAAGAUUGAGGGGUUAUUUAAUAUGAUAAUAUAUGCAGUUUUUUCUAAAUUUAUCUUGACAUUACGAAACUCAUUGUUCUUUGUGUGUGUUCCGAGGACAGCCAAGCCCACCCCCACCCCACCCCAAGGGAACAUUCGAGAUGCGUGCCUGUCUGUACCCUCUGUUUACAUGCUGAUUGCACGAACCUACUUCCAUUCUCACAUCUCACCCCCUCGACCAUAAACUAACAUAGAUGGGUCACUGAUAUAGGGUAGCGUGGAUGAGCGAACGAGGCCCAUGCUCACGAGGAGCGCUAUAAGUGAAUGAAUUAUACACUCCGUGUGAAAGAUACGAAGUAAGUAAUAUUGCAAGGAGGCAUGAUUACAGAUUGUUAGCUAGCAAGCCGGAGCAAGCAUUCACACAUAUUGUGCUCACCUGGUAUUUUUGUUUAAAGGCCCCUCAUAGGUAUUUUUGGUUCUUGUGCUGCAUUUACAUAUUCAAAAUAUGGCUAAUAUUUUUCAAAAGAUAUAUGUGCCUUAUUGGAUGGUCUUUAUAUAAUUGGUAAGAGACCUCGCUUUCUUCAAAGCAUUGUAAUGUGUUUGCUCAUAUUUCAAAAGCAAAAAUUUAGCAAAAAAAUGAAAAUCGUCAAGUAACAGGUAAAUUUGAACAUUUUAAGUCCUUUUUUAAAAUGUCAUGAAUUUUUUGUUGAAAUAAAAUUCUUUACACCUGUGUGAGAGGAAUUAUGGAAGUACUAAUGCUAUCAAUUCGCAGAGUGUGUUUCAAGUUUAUCAUUAGAUAUUUAUGAAAAUGUGUUGCUCUUUGUUCAUGGAUUGGGCAAUUCUGUUAAAUGAUUGAAAUAAAAUUACUUUUGAAUUUUAUUGAAUAAGUUUCAUUUCAAACUCAAAAAUUCCAUCCAC